AUGUUUGUUAGAAAGAGAGAUGGACGCCAAGAGCGUGUCCAGUUCGAUAAGAUCACUGCCCGUGUCUCGAGACUGUGUUACGGCCUCGACAUGGACCACGUUGAUCCUGUUGCUAUCACUCAAAAGGUCAUCUCCGGUGUCUACGGCGGUGUGACAACUGUCCAAUUGGACGAUCUCGCUGCAGAGACUGCUGCGUACAUGACUGUUACGCACCCUGACUACGCCAUCCUCGCAGCCCGUAUUGCCGUCUCCAACCUUCACAAGCAGACCAAGAAGCAAUGGUCCGCCGUUGUGAGCGACCUCUACCACUAUGUCAACCCCAAGAACAGCCGGGCAUCACCCAUGAUUUCCAAGGAGACUUAUGAGUGUGUUAUGAGACAUAAGGAGGAGCUUGACUCCGCCAUUGUCUACGACCGAGACUUCCAAUACCAAUACUUCGGCUUCAAGACCCUGGAGCGAUCCUACCUUCUCAAGAUCGACGGCAAGAUCGUCGAGCGUCCUCAGCACAUGAUUAUGCGUGUUUCUGUCGGUAUCUGGGGUGACGAUAUUGAGCGAGUCUUGGAGACAUACAACCUCAUGUCCAGCAAGUUCUUCACUCACGCCUCCCCCACACUCUUCAAUGCUGGUACCCCUCAGCCUCAGCUGUCUUCAUGCUUCCUUGUUGAUAUGAAGGAGGACAGCAUUGACGGAAUUUACGAUACCCUCAAGACUUGUGCUAUGAUCUCCAAGAUGGCUGGUGGUAUUGGCUUGAACGUCCACCGCAUUCGUGCCACUGGCUCCUACAUCGCCGGAACCAAUGGUACUUCCAACGGUGUCGUUCCCAUGUUGCGUGUCUUCAACAACACUGCCCGUUACGUCGACCAGGGUGGCAACAAGCGACCUGGUGCUUUCGCCAUCUACCUCGAGCCCUGGCACGCGGAUGUCUUCGACUUCCUUGAUCUCCGAAAGAACCACGGUAAGGAGGAAGUCCGCGCUCGCGACCUGUUCCUUGCCCUUUGGAUCCCUGAUCUUUUCAUGAAGCGUGUCGAAAAGAACGGAGAAUGGACCCUCAUGUGCCCCAACGAGUGCCCCGGUCUUGCCGACUGUUAUGGUGAGGAGUUCGAGGCUCUGUACGAAAAGUACGAGAGGGAGGGCAAGGGUCGCAAGUCUAUCAAGGCCCAGAAGCUCUGGUAUGCCAUCCUCGAGGCCCAGACCGAGACCGGAAACCCCUUCAUGCUCUACAAGGAUGCUUGCAACCGUAAGAGCAACCAGAAGAACCUCGGUACCAUCCGAAGCUCCAACCUGUGCACUGAGAUCAUUGAGUACUGUGCCCCUGAUGAGGUCGCUGUUUGCAACCUUGCCUCUCUGGCGCUUCCUUCUUUCAUCAACUACGAUGACGCUUGUUACGACUUCAAGAAGCUGCACGAGGUCAGUCAAGUUGUUGUCCGCAACUUGAACAAGAUCAUCGAUGUGAACCACUACCCUGUCCAAGAGGCUCGCAACAGCAACAUGCGUCACCGACCCAUCGGUCUCGGUGUCCAGGGUCUUGCCGAUGCUUUCCUCGCUCUGCGCAUGCCUUUCGAGUCUCCUGAGGCUCGUGAGCUCAACAAGCAAAUCUUCGAGACUAUCUACCACGCUGCCCUGACUGCCUCCGUCCAGCUCGCCAAGGAGGAGGGUCCUUACUCCACCUUCAAGGGCUCUCCUGCCUCCGAGGGUAUCCUCCAGUUCGAUAUGUGGAACGUUAAGCCCUCUGAUCUGUGGGACUGGGAGACCCUUCGUGAGGAUGUCAAGACCCAUGGUAUCCGCAACAGCUUGCUCCUUGCUCCUAUGCCUACUGCCAGUACUUCCCAGAUUCUUGGCAACAACGAGUGCUUCGAGCCCUACACCUCCAACAUCUACCAGCGCCGAGUCCUUGCUGGUGAGUUCCAGGUUGUCAACCCCUGGCUGCUCAAGGAUCUUGUCGACAUGGGACUUUGGUCUGAUGCCAUGAAGAACCGUAUCAUUGCCGAGAACGGUUCUAUCCAGAACAUCCCCAACAUCCCUGCCGAUGUCAAGGCUCUGUACAAGACAGUGUGGGAGAUUUCUCAGCGACAGGUUGUCCAGAUGGCUGCGGACCGCGGUGCUUUCAUCGACCAGUCUCAGUCUCUCAACAUUCACAUGAAGGAUCCUACCAUGGGCAAGAUCACUAGCAUGCACUUCGCUGGCUGGAAGCUUGGUCUCAAGACCGGCAUGUACUACCUCCGUACACAGGCUGCUGCUGCCCCUAUUCAGUUCACUGUCGAUCAGCAAGCUCUCAAGAUUGCCGAUUCUAGCUCUGCUCAGAUCAAGCCCUUGAAGAAGCGUGCCCCUCCUGCCGGCUCGAGCUACCUGAUGUCCUCGCCUUCUGCUAUGGGCCGCACUGGUCUCAAUGGCAGCAGGACUGGUUCUCAGGACAACGGAUUGAACGGCAACUCCGCCAAUGGCGUCAAUGGCAGCACAUCCGUUCCCGGCCGUGCUCCCGUCAUCAAGGCUGAUGUUGCGGAGGGCGAUAGCCCCAAGGCCCUUCCCACUGAGCCUGCUGAGAAGGUUCAGGAGGAAGAGUUGGGCGUCAAGAAAAACCCUCAGUCCGAGGACCUAGGCAAGGACAAUGAGGAUCGUGAACGCGAUAUCUACUCAGAGGCCGUCCUGCAAUGUAGCAUUGAGGAUCCCGAGUCCUGCAUCAUGUGCAGUGGUUAG